AUGGAUAUCAUGAAUGUCUCCCUUCGUGAAGGCCGUUUGCCCUUAUCUUGGAAAGAGGCAGAUAUCAUCCCUGUCCCCAAGCAAAGACCUAUCCAAGACAUCAAUAAGCACCUUUGCCCUAUCUCCCUUACACCCAUCCUUUCCAAGAUUGCAGAAGAUUACAUUGUUCAUGAAUUUGUGAUACCUGCCGUGUUAAAGAAAAUCGACAAAAGACAAUAUGGGACAAUACCUAAAUCAUGCACUAUGCACGCACUUGUUAGCAUGAUCCAUAACUGGCACAUCAGCUCCGAUGGGAAUUCGGCCGUGAUUAGGGAUAGAAGACAGAGAGUUAAACUGGCCGAGGAUUGCUUCUCCGAAUGGCGUUACAUUCCAGCUGGUGUCCCACAGUGGACCAAGCUUGGGCCAUGGUUAUUUUUAAUAAUGAUUAAUGAUCUGAAUGCAGGAGAAGCAGAGAUGUGGAAAUAUGUGGAUGAUACCACAAUUUCAGAGGUGAUAGCUAAAGGCCAAGAGAGCUGUAUUCAGCAAAUGGUAGACGAUCUCGCAAUACAAGCAAGGGAUGAAGGUUUUCAGUUAAACGAAAGGAAAUGUAAAGAGCUUAGGAUUAGCUUCGCAAAAAAAGAACCAGAAUUUGAUCCUAUCUGGGUUAACCGUCAGACCCUUGAGACUGAAAAGUAUAAAAUUAUCAGGACUCAAUAUAAGUAG